CAUCCGCAAAGGACAUCUACAAAAGGGACAAGAGGAGUGGAUGGAACACACACAUCGACCUCGUCUGAGGCAUGGCAGGAGAGGAGGAAGUGACUCUUGAGAGUUUGAGGAAGAAGAUGGCAGACUUCGCGAGGGAGAGAGACUGGGAACCAUUCCAUAGCCCCAGGAACCUCCUCCUGGCCCUGGUGGGGGAGGUCGGGGAACUGUCAGAGAUCUUCCAAUGGAAAGGUGAGGUGCCCAAGGGGCUGCCAGAAUGGGGAGAGGAAGAGAAGCAGCACCUGGGAGAGGAGCUCUCAGAUGUGCUGCUCUACCUCGUGAGGCUCUCAGACAUGUGUGGGGUGGACCUGGGGAAGGCUGCACUCAGGAAGCUGGAGCUCAAUGCCCUCAAAUACCCUGUCCAGCCAUGCAAGGGCUCCUCUUCAGGGAAGAAGCACACUCACCACCCCCCCACCAGUGCAAGCAACUCCAGCACCGAGGACCCCAGCAGUGGUGGAGCUUCUGAGGAGGCUCUGAAACGCUAGCCUUCUAGGUUAUCUUUUUGGUCAUGGAUAGGGGCCAUUUUGAGGUAGACAGAGAAGCAGGGAAGGGUCUUAUUUUGUUGCAUGGGCACCAUCUCGGUUGGUGCAGCCAUUGCUGCCCGGGAGGCUAGCAGACAAAACAUACUUAAAUGCAAUGCUGUUUCCUCAUCCUUUAUGCUGCCACAGGCCUCAGAGACUGUGUGAGGUGAGGCUCCUUUUUUAUGAUGUCCAGGCUUCUCACGGUGAAGUUUGCAGUGAGAGAGGUACACGACACCUCUGCCCUCAUAAUUGGGAUCCUAUAAAGUUGGGAUCGUCAGAUAAAUGGGAGCAGGAAUCCUAUCAAGGACAGUGCCAUCAGAGGUUCGCUGCUGCCACUUGGUACUCACUCCGGAGGGAUCCUUCCUGUUGGCAAUCCAAGUCUAUAUAUCCUUUGAGAUCUGGUGGAUUGAUUUGGUAACUUUUCCGCAUGCUCUCUGCAACCGGCGAGAGGGCCCUUUUGUCUGCUUUGGGUCUCGUCGUCGCCUUCAAUCUUUGCUUGCAAACAACACCCACUAACUUUCAUUCAACUGUGGGUACUGUUCCUCUGUCAUCAUGCCAUCUGAUCUCUAUUUCUCCAUUGUCAUCACCUCGUAGGGUUUGACC